AGAGAGACGGCGAGGGAGAGAGACAGAGCGAGAGGAAGAGGUUACCGGGAAAAAAAAGAAAGGAAAAAGGGGGAGGUGUGUGAAAGAGUCUGAGAGGGCUGAGGAAAGAAGGGGGCUGUGCGUGUUAACCGCAUCUCCCAGCAGCCAGAUCCACCGGAGCACAGGUGAGAGAGGCACAUGACGCGCCACCGCCUUCGCAUGUCCCGGGGAACGGAAUAACGGACGCCCGCGUCUCGCCGCGAAACCGCCUCGGCCGCCCGCACGAAACUUUGCAGCUGGAACUCCCCUGCACUCCAUUAUCUUUAUCUUUUUGGGGGUUGCUGUGGAUAUCAACAAAGGAUAUCAAGCUCUUACUGGAUUUCUCACUAUCACUCCCUCUUUCUUAUCAAGAUGACAACUUGAUCUCCAACCUGGCCUUAACACAUUAAUGUUUCCUCACCUGGAUUAAGAAACACGUACUCUUGACAGAUAGACCCUGAAGCACCAAAGGAACUUGUGAACCUGAUAUCAGUGCUGAGAUACUUGGUUCAUGAAUAAUAUUAAACUGAUAUCUAAGAAGCCUGUUCACUUUCCAAGUUAUAACCUUACCUGACUUGAAUAGGCUCUCAUAGAUAGUAUCCCACUUCCGUAGUUAAUGUUUAACUCUUUGUGCAUAACUCAGUUUUACCUUGAUAACAUAAAGCAUAUGAGUAAAAUGAGUGGGUAGGCCAUUUAGAUUAAUAAAACGACCAUGCUUCGAUGUCUGAAAUAGAAGAGGAACACAGGAACAUCUGUGCUCGGGAAACCACCGGGAGAGCGACAGACACAAGCAGAGAGAAUCCGAUGGUUUCUCUGGAUUUGUAGCAGAGCACAUCCCUGUUGUGAAAUUCUCUUGGCUCCCUUCCAUGGGAACUCUUCCAGAGUGCCUCGGAGCAGGCUCUCUCCUGGGAGGUCCUGUUAGAUUGUGAAUAAUACAGCGCAAACCCCAGACUAAGAGCGCACUUCUCUCAUCAACGUUGAGCUGGUUGGCUACAGAACAGCCGUCGCUGGGAUUACUGAUGAGAAGAGAUCCAUGACAGGACGAAGAAGAAGAAGCCACCCAGAGAUCUGACUCUGCUCCUCCCCCCCUUGUUGUGAUCGUGUUAUGUAGUGUUGUUGUUUUUUUCUGGUACUUUCCAUCUCAUUCACUGCUUGUUGUGGAAAGACCAAGAUCUUCCUGCUUCCACUUCAGGAUUUGCUAUUCUUGUGCUUUUACUGCUUGAGGAAAGGAAGUAGUGAAAAAGCUGCGAGGAGGCGAGAGGAUUGAACUGGCGGGGACUCAACUCACUGUGCCACCUUAGGCUGCGGUCGCUGCAGUGGUUUGGGAGGCAGCAGACCCCACUGCACUGCGAGAUGGAAAAGGGACAUGUGUCAAUCAGGAGAGGUGUGAGUUGGAGUCCAGCUGGGGGGAGGAAGUUCCAGACAACGCAGGACACCUCCAACAUCAGCAGCAAUGCACCAUGGGAGAAGUGCGGGUUCCAGGGAACACAAACCCUUUGCCCGGAGACAGAGCAGUCAUGCCGCAAAACGAAUCUAACCAGGAGCGCCAGUUUGUCAGAGAAGGAGCUCAAAGAGAACCGUGUCCGGAGUCAGAUCAUCGCCUCCCAGCUCACCCUGCCCACCAACUCCGGCUCCAGAGGGGUCCAGCUCUUCAACCGCCGCCGGCAGAGGGUCAACGCCUUCACACUGGAGAGCGGAGGGGAGGGUUCGGCCAAGGACACCGCGGAGAACGCCAACGCCCCCUCGUCGUGUGACAAACCAGGAUGGGCAGAAGGAGGCGGUAAGCAGAAGGACCGUGAGCUGAACAGCAGGAACAGCCGCGCCGCGGGGCCGCUCUGGUCCCCCACCGCCAGGACACACCAAGUCGGGGACAUCAUGGAGGAGCCGGCGGAGGCUGGGGGGCAGAUCCACGAGGCGGAGCGGAUGAAGAGCGGCGAGCGUCCCGAGGACAGACACUUUGUUCCGGUUAACGAGGGGGAGGUGUUGGAGGAGGGGGAGGAGGAGGUUGAGGAGGAGGAGGAGGAGGAGGUGAAGUGCAGCAGCGAGGAGGCACUAGACCGAGAGCUCGGGGAUCUGGAGGCGAGCGUCAAGGUCGAUUUCGCCCCCGCGAGUUGUACUACCUACCGAACCCAGGCCAGAGAGUACCCGGGCGGAGAGACACCGGAGCCCGCUCCUCCGGUGAACAGCUGCCACCGGACUCCCUCCGGCCCGGUCCCGUCCGCCAAGCAGCCCGCCGCCAUCGUCAACAGAACCGCCAGGCCUUUCUUCUCUCCGAUCACCGUACAGUCUCCUGAGGCCGUGCCAACGAGCCCCGCCAUGGGCGCCCCUCCCGCCCCUUCAUACGCCGCUCCACGACUGCCCACCUUCAAGGCCCCCCACCGAGCGGCCUUCUCACCCCCACCCACAGCCCCCCACCGAGCGGCCUUCUCACCCCCACCCACAGCCCCCCACCGAGCGGCCUUCUCGCCCCCACCCACAGCCCCCCACCGAGCGGCCUUCUCGCCCCCGCCUCCACCCCCCUCCUACCCGAUGCCCCCUCUGCCAGCCUUCACUAACCAGCCUCCACAGAUCUACUCCAGCCCGACGUGCAUGUCUCCCGUCAUGUCCCCGGCGGUGUCCCAGUACACGGCCACCGGUGCUUCCACCGCGCCUUAUCAGCCCGCUCCCAGCAUCCCGCCGGGGUCUUAUUAUGGGGGCCCGGCUGCAGUCCCCGGGGCCCACACAUACGCUCCUCAACCGAUCGAAGAGAGGACAACGAUGGUCAAAACGGGGAUCCUGGAGGAGAUGGCCGCCAAGAGGGCCACCGGCCGGAAGUCCAUGUUCACGUUCAAAGAGAAGGCCGUCGUCGCGCCGAACCCUGAGCUGCUCUCGCUGGUCCAGGGGGCCGACGAGAGGAAGAAGCACGGGCCCCGGGCCCCCGCGCCCGAGCCGGGCUCCGAGGAGGAGCUUCUCGCUCUGGGCGCGGAGGCGUCCAACUUCCUGGUCGAGAAGCAGGAGAGCUCCGAGGGAGCCGCCGCCCCAGAGUGGGCGUCGUGCCUGAAGAACUCCAGGACCCGCGAGAGGGAAGACCGCGGGCCGGAGCAGGCCCUCACCAACGCCUCGGGAAAGGGGGCGGAGCUUUUUGCCAAGCGCCAGUCCAGAAUGGAUAAGUUUGUUGUGGAGAAUCCGAGCGCCAAACCGGCGCGGUCCCCCUCUCCCACCAUCUCUCUGCCGCCAUCUUGGGUCUUCCCGUCAAAUAUGCCUGGCCGGGUCAAAGCCAUUGCCAAAAACUCUGAAAUGUCGACUCAGCUCACACAGACCCUGCAGGCCCAACAGCAAAUCAAAAGAAAGCCGAGUCAACCUGCAGCGGCUCCACCGCCGGUCCCAGAAAGCCCUCCACUGGAGAACGGCUGCACCAAGAUGGAGAUGGACCUCUCCAGGCAUCAGCCGUAUCAACUGAAGUCCUCCCUCUUCAUUCUCAACCCCACUAAGGACCCCCUUGGUUCCUUACCAAGAGGGGCACCGGCCGCGAGAGCCCCUGUUCCCAGCCAGCCCUUCUCGAGGCAGUCCUCCCUCCCCACCGGCUCCCCGGCCUUCUUCAGUAACCAGGCGACCCACAGCUCCCCCCACUGCAUGCCUCCACAGUCACCCCUCAGCCCGACGGGACGCAUGGAGUACCCCGCUCACUACGGCGCCGCCCCAGCCCACGGCCAGCCGAGGGUGAACUCUGCCAUGUCGACCGCCUCUCCGGAGCGUCCGUCUCCCUCGCGGUCAGGCGUUCAGGCACCAAGACCCAUGUUUUCCACCAGGAAGGCCGGGAUUGAACCCCAGACAAAGAAGCAAUCAUCUCCAGUCUUGGCGCCCAGCGCGACCCCUCCCCUGACCCGGGCGCCUGGCCUCUCCCGGCGCGUCAGCAGCCCAGAGAGCCCCGGCCUGGGUGUCUGGUCCCCGGGUCGCCCUGCCAACAAGCCCCCCCUCACGUCCCCCGUCUCCCCCCCUUGGGGCUCCCGGUGCCAGUCUCCAGCGAUCAACCAGAGUCCACAGCCUGCUGCCAACACCAGCGUGCCCUAUUCCAAGCCCCCCCCGACGUUGACAGCCUCCUCUCCCAUGUCGCCCCCCUGGGGCUCGCGCUGCGCGUCUCCCUUCACCCCCCAGACCACCCACCCGCCCUCCACCAGUAAGACUCAGCGUGCGUCCAGCGCCACCUCUCCCGUCUCCCUGUCCGGAGAGGGCCGCUGCAUGUCCCCCGUGGUGAGCAAUCUAGACUCUAAAGCCAACCAUCGCCUGCUGGCCAAGAACAUCAUCAACGCGGCCAAGCGCAAAAACAGCCCGUCCCCCGGAGCCCUCAGCGGGCACAGCCUGCCCAUCUCUCCCCUGGGCACGUCCCACCACGGAUACGACUGUGGCAAGCCGCCCGUCUGCCCCUUCGAUACGCGGUCCCUGGGGGCCCUGUCGCCCACCUUCAUCAGCCCGCCUCCCACCCCCAGCCAGAGGAUCUGCUCGCCGGUGCGGCUCUACAACAGCCGCUCGCUCACCGACUCGGACGCCUCGGUGGAGUCUGAGGACUCGGGCCUGAGGUCGCCCGGCUCGCGUACCUACAACACCUGUCCCCGUGGCUGGGGGGGUAGCCUGAGGGUGAAGAGGGGUAGCAUGUCCACCGACCUGUAGGGGAGGCCUGGGGCGACAGCAGCAGCAUGAAUUUUGUAUGGGGCCCUUCGCCCACAGGGCGGCAUGGGGGGGCGGGUUCCAACUAUCCUCGAACCGUUUUGAGACCAACACGACCAAAGAAGAAUGCUGAUGCAGUUUGAUAUGUCUAAUAUUUGGAACUGUUUCUAUUGCUUUAAAGGAGAUUAAGGGAGGCAACCGUUAUACUCAUCUGGUAAAGAAUAACACCUUAUGUAAUACUCAUGAACACAUACAACUCCCUCUCAGUUGUUGCAGAUGCGGAUCUAAUUAUGAGGGUAUCUAAAAAAUUAAACAUAAAGGUAAAAAUAAAACCAAAGAUAUUAUAACUCAUAUCAAGACAGUGUUAUAUAUUUUAUGUAUUAUAGCCUCUUGACUUAUGCAGUCAUUAUAUAAGAUAUAAUUAAUGCAUAUUCAUUAUUUUGAUAACUGUUUUAGGAAAAGAUCAUGAAUUGACAUGACGUUUGCUGGACAGCCACUAGUCUAAAUGGUUUGAGCUCAAUACAUUUAAAGGAUCUGAAGAAUGUAAGAAGUUAAGAAUGUGUAAAUAUGCUGCUUAUUGGACUGUAUUUUUUAUCAACUUUAAGUUGAGUACUGUAAAUCAAAAGAGAAUAUGGGGCCUUCUUUAUCCAAACAGAGUUAGGAUUCGGUUAACAUAUAAACAACAUUCCAUAGGCUUUAACACAAAGAUUUAUACAUCAUGCCAUCUUGGUACUAUCAUGAUAACAAAUGGCCAAAUUAUUCUGUAUACUUUCUUGUAUUUACAAAUACAAAAAAGAAAAUUCUUGUGUAUAAUUUCUGCUGUGCAAUAACGCAUCUACAGUGUGACAAGGUAUGUUUUAUGUUCUGUAUGUUGUGUGACGAAUGUAUAGCUGAACAGACGGAGAAUAAAGGGAGGACGUAAGGGGAAAUGAGAAUGACAGAUGGAAGAAUAGAAUGUUAUGCAGUUACUUGUUGGGGCAUUAUUGUCAAUGAAACACUGUUUCCAUAAUUCUGCAAAAAACCUGAAAAAUAUAUUGCUUGAAUUCCAAAAAGUGCUAAAUGAACCAAAUAUUGAUUCCAUUAUUGACAUUUGUUUGUAUACGUUUACCUUGGCAUAGAUUUUCGAAAGUUUACUAUAAAGUGUUGACAUUUGGCCAUAUGGAUGUUUAUGGUCUGCAAAGGAAACUGUUGGUAACUAUCAAAACAUGGUUAUGAUAGUUUUCCCAAAAUGCAGACGAGUUUGAGGCUUGGGUGUAGUCCAUUGAGACAGAAGGUUGGCAGAAGGUUGUGAGUAUAGAAGCAAAGGAUUCUGGGACGACGGUAUGUCUUUCACAUGCAUGCAUUGAUAUAGUGCACAUGCUCUUACUUUUUAAUCAAUUAUGUUUGAUUUGCACUUAUUCCAUCAUUUAAUUUCAAAGACAAAGGUUAGUCUUGUCAAAACCAUAUCAAAUAUGUGUUAUUCACAUUCAGGCAUCCGUAUAACGCACACAUGUUGAGGCACCAUGUCAUAGUUGGUUGCAACUUCCAGCAGAUCGCAGGUGACUGUUAAAGCAUAGUCACUUUGGCCAUUCCACCAUGCUUAACACAGGCACGGGCAAGCAAGCGCCAAUUCCCCUGUUCUCUGACACGUAAGCCAAAAGUAUCAGCAGCACAUUGCUAAAUAUUUACAUGCAUCACCAGAGUGACAGGGACACCUGCAGUGCUCACUUGCUCUCCCUGGUAGGAAUACAUAACCGUCAUGGAUGGUUUCCACCAGAGAAACUCACGGGCAUGCCUAGCACAAGUAACCAUUCUCUAGAAUGUUAUGACUUAUCCAUACAUGAUUGAAAUCGAAUAUGGGUGUAAUGAUCGUCAUUCAUGUUUCAGGUUAUGAACCUGGCGACCUAAGUGAGCACAUAAUAAAAACAAAUGAGGACACCA